AUGAGGCCUCAAAUUUGCUGCCUGCUGAUUUUGUUGCUCGACUGUCAGGAACGCAUUACAGGUGCCGUGAGUUUCAUUAGCCCCUACAUAAAACACUAUGAGGGAUUAUCAUACGACAAAGAGGAUCUUCACAGGAAGCACCUGCGAGUGCGCAGAGCUGCGCAACCUCAGAGACACACGCUGGAUUUGGACUUUACCGCUUUUCACAGAAUAUUCCGACUGCGUCUGCGACGAGAUGCUGCGACGUUUUCCAGCGACUUUAAGGUGGUCAGCGAGGAUGGAGCCACAGCGGCCGAUCUUUCCCACUUAUAUUCAGGGACAUUGCAUGGUGAACAUGACUCUGCUUGUCACGGGUCAGUGUUACAGGGUCAGUUUGAAGGAAGCAUCCGCACCAACAAUGUCACUUAUCACGUUGAAGCGGCUCACGCGUACAACCUCACUGACCACCACUCCAUCAUCUAUCGUGAGGAUGACAUGGUCUUACCCACAAUGAGAACUGGACUGGAUUCAGAAUUUUGCGGUGCAGAACAUCUAAAUGUGCUUGCGCAAAGCCUCAAAUCUGGUGAUCAGGAGGCAGCAGCGAACCGUGCAAGAAGAACAGUGGACGAGGCCAAAACCAGCUGCCUGCUGCACCUCACCGCUGACCACCGCUACUUCAACAAGUUUAAGUCUGUGGAGGCUGUUUUGGCUCAGGUUGCUUCCUACAUGCGAGCUGUCAAUGACAUAUAUGACAAAGUGGAGUUCGAUGGAAUCAAGCUGAUCAACUUUAAAGUUAAAUCUCUCACUGUGAUGACUGAGGAGAACAAAAACGAUCGUCUGAAUCCUCUCUACAUCGGCCCAGAGAAGCUGCUUAGUCUUUACUCGGAACAAAACUGGGGUAACUUCUGUCUGUCGUACCUGCUCACCAACCGAGACUAUAGUGGAGUGCUCGGACUUGCCUGGGAGGGCAAGCCUGGUAACUGGGGAGGUAUCUGUUCGCAGCAGACAACCCUUCGUAAUGGCCGCACUUCCACACUGAACACGGGCCUGAUCACGAUUCAGAACUACGGACAGUUCCUGCCUCCUCGCCACGUCCAGUUGACCCUCGCUCACGAACUCGGACACAGUCUGGGAUCGCCGCACGAUGAAGGCUCUAAUUGUGGCAACCUGGGCUCCCGUGGUGGAAAGGGCAGGUACCUGAUGUUUCCUCACGCCACAGACGAAGUGCGGGAGAACAACGACAAAUUGUCCACCUGCACCAUUGAACACAUCAACAAACUGCUGCGCCUCAAAAAGGACGACUGCUUCGUGGGUGAGCACGUGUUCACAUUUACAAGGUUGAUCAGCGAUCAGCCCAUUUGCGGCAACCAGAUGGUGGAGGAAGGAGAGGAAUGUGAUGUGGGUCAUAAUGACAUGGACCUCUGCUGCUAUAGUGCUAAAAAGCCUAUUGGGGUGCAAUGUCGACUUAAGCCUGGAAAAACGUGCAGUCCCAGUCAGGGUGUUUGCUGCAGUCAGGAUUGUAGCUUCAAGUCACAGGCUCAAACCUGUGACGAAGAGACGGACUGUCAGAUGGAAAGUGUUUGUUCGGGUUUCUCACCUCUGUGCCCUGAUCCGAAACCAAAGGAAAAUCUCACUAUUUGCAGUAGAGGGACUCGGGUCUGCCUAAAUGGGGUGUGUGCCGAAUCUGUAUGUGUGAAACACAACAUGGAGCAGUGUGACUGUCCAGGUGGUUCCAAGAAGCAGAAAUGCCACAUGUGCUGCCAGCAGCCCGAUAAACCUGGGACAUGUGCCAGCACCACUUCCUCCGUCUUGUCUCGCCACUUCCAGAAAAAGGCUUUGCCCCUGGUGGGCGGGGCUCCAUGCAUGGGUAACCAAGGCUACUGUGACAAAUUCCACAUUUGCCGCUUACUGGAUGCAGACGGCCCCAUCGCCAGGUUGAAGAACUCCUUCCUCCACCUUGAUGACUUUGAGGACCUAGGAGAAUGGAUGAAGGCUCAUUGGUGGGCUAUUUUGCUGGCCAUCCUGGCACUGUGUGCAGUAAUGGGCUGUACUGUUUGCCUCUGUGGCCAAACUCUGGAUACCAGAAAUCUGGAGUAA